CUUUCAUAACAAAAUUUUCUUAUCAUGUCUUCAAAACCUACAAUUUUUAUUAUCUUUUACUCUAUUUAUGGUCAUGUCUAUACUCUUGCCAAAGAAAUUCAAUCUGGUCUUGAAUCAAAAGGAGUGAAUGUCAAGUUGUAUCAAAUCCCUGAAACCUUAUCUGAAGAAAUCCUUCAAAAGAUACAUGCUCCUCCUAGACGUGAUAUUCCUGAUAUUACUGUUGAUGAACUUGAAAAGGCUGAUGGUAUUAUCUGGGGUCUUCCUACUAGAUUUGGUUUAGCUGAUUCAUCGACCAAAGCUUUCUUUGAUAGUACUGGUGGUCUUUGGGCAUCUGGUGCUUUGGCUGGUAAACCUACUUCUGUUUUCUUCUCAACAGCUGGUCAACAUGGUGGUCAAGAGUCUACCGUAUUCAAUACUAUUACUUAUUUUGCUCAUCAUGGUAUGAUCUAUGUCCCUCUUGGAUUUGCCAAUCCUCAUAUGUUUGACAACAGUGAAGUAGUAGGAUCAAGUGCUUGGGGUGCAGGAACCGUGGCUCAUGGAGAUGGAUCUCGUCAAGUCUCUGAUAAGGAAAAGGCUAUCGCUAAGACUCAAGCGGAAAACUUUGCCAACUUUGUUCUCACUAUGCAAAAAGGAAAAAAUCUAUUACAACAACAACAACAGCAACAAGAAGAAAAAAUUAACAAUAACAACAAUUCUACCACUACCACUGCUCCUGUCACACCUAGCAAGACACCAACUAAACAAGAAAAGGAAGACAAGCAUAAAGGUGUUAGCAAAUGUUUCUGCAUGUAGAUGAAAUCGUCAUUUGUACUUUUUUUGGGGGAUCCUUUAUAGGUUUUUGACCUUUUUUUUAUUUUUUUUUUUUU